CAUGACAGUGGAUAAUGAGGAAAUCAAAAUGGCUGUACUUUCUGGGGAUAUAGAGAAAGUCCCACCCAUUCCAUCUAAAGUUGUUCGCAUUUUUGUGAGCUCAACUUUUGGAGACACUGUAGCAGAGAGAAACUCUUUACUUGAUCGGGCGUACUCCACCCUUCAUGAAUGGUGUAUCUUACAUGACUUGGAGUUCCAAGUGGUUGACAUGAGAUGGGGAGUACGAGAUGAAGCAAGUGCCUAUCACAUGACAACCAAACUCUGCAUCAGGGAGAUUCAGAACUGCAUGAAGUUAUCCUUGGGACCUAACUUCAUGUUUAUUUUAGGCCAACGUUACGGUUGGAGACCCACACCUGCCAGCAUAGAUGGAGCUGAUUAUCAGACACUCAUAAAACACACCACAGAGACUGAAUCCACCCUUCUGGCAAAAUGGUAUCUCCUGGAUGAGAACUCUGACCCGCCCAUUUAUGCCUUGCAGCCAAUCACUGCAGAGAAUAGCGCCUCAUGGAAGAGUGUUGAGAAGGAGUUGCCCAGUAUAUUGAGGAGGGCCGCUACACUUGCUGCUGGGGCGGGGGACAUCAUUGAUGAUGUACGCCACAAGUUUUUCAUGUCAGUUACUGAACAAGAAUUGCGAGCUGCUCUUGAUGUUCAAACACCAGAUGAUCAUUGCGUUGGAUUCAUGCGGACAAUCAAAGACCUGUAUAACUCCCUGUCAGACACCAACGCCAAUCGCUACUGUGACGUGACGGAGACGGGAGAUUUAGACGAGGAGGCUAGAAUGCUUCUGGAGAAGCUCAAGAAUGUGGACAUGCCUUCAAAACUCAGCCAGAAUAACAUUCAUCAUUACAACAUCCCUUGGAGUCCAGAUGGGGUUAGCCUUAAUGUCAAGGAACACAAGAACUAUGUCAGGCAGUUCACAAGGGCCUUCAUUGAGGAUGUUAAGAGGCUUGUGUUGAGAGCAAAAGAGCAAACAUCCACUCAAGGGAAUCUGAGCGAUGACUCACUGUUCAAGGAAGUCACUCACCACGCUGAGUUCUGCUGUACAAAGUGUAAGCAUUUCUGCGGUUGUAAGGAUAUUCUGGAUGGGAUCUUCUCUUCUCUUAAGGAUGGUUCACCAAGCUGUGCUCUUAUUCUUCAGGGUCCAUCAGGCAGUGGGAAGACCUCAAUCUUGGCCAUGGUUGCUAAGACGGCUCGACAUCGUCUCUCUGCCUCAACGGUGGUAAUCCUUCGCUUUCUUGGAACCUCCUCAUUGAGUUCCUCCAUACUGCAGGUCUUAAAGAGCAUCUGCCUUCAGAUCUGCACUGUCUAUGACAUACCCCCGCCAACCAACAACAUCCAGGAAAACUUCCAAGAGAUGUCGGUCUUUUUUUAUUCCUUACUUCAAAACGUCUCAUCAGGUGCUGGCAAAGAGCGCCCUCUCUUGAUAGUCCUAGACUCACUGGACCAACUGGAGAGUCUUCAUGGGGCACAUAAGUGCAAGUGGUUGCCAAAGACACACUUGCCGAACGUGCAAAUUCUUCUGUCAACUCUGCCAACUUUGUACGAUAUCUUGGAUAACUUGAAGCAACUGUUAGGGUCAGAUGGACAGUUCUUGGAGGUUAACCCACUCCCAGAGAGCACAGGGGUAGAGAUCUUUAGAACCUGGAUGCAGGGGAUUCACAGAAGAGUGACGGAGAGCCAGAAUGAAGUUGUGAAGAAAGCUUUCCAGCAUUGUCGACAGCCUCUCUUCCUCAGACUGGCUUUUGAUGAGGCACGACGAUGGCAGUCUUACACCAUAGUCAAUGAGGAAGCAUUGGCAACUACCGUCAGGGCUUCUAUCUGGAAGCUCUUUGCCCGUCUGGAAGUGGAAUUUGGCACCAAGGUUGUAUCUCAUGCUCUUGGGUACAUAACAGCAGCGAGGAAUGGAUUGAGUCACUCAGAGCUGCAGGAUAUUCUUUCAAUUGAUGAUGAAGUCUUAGAUGAUAUCUACCAGUAUUGGUCACCCCCUAAUGAUGAGAUUGUACGAAUACCUCCCCUGAUGUGGACAAGACUCAAGUACGAACUGGAGGAGUACUUAGUGGAGAGACAGACGGAUGGCAAGACAGUCAUGGUACUGUACCAUAGGCAGUUUACAGAAGCUGCAAUAGAUCGAUAUCUGUGUGAUCCGGCGGAGAAGCAGAAAAGACACCAAGUACUUGCAGAGUUCUUUAAUGGCACAUGGAGUGAGGGAAAGAAAAAGACACUUCAUCUAACACAGAGGAAUCAGAUCUUAAAAGCAGACCGGCUAGUCUCCUCUCAGCCUCUCAAACGUCACAAAGCAUAUAACUAUCGCAAACUCAGUGAGCUACCAUAUCAUCUACUGCAUGCCCACAACACUCAGGAUCUUGUCCAUCAAACAUUUGGUGACUUCAGCUUCUUGGAUGCAGUAGUCUCCGCUCUGUCCGCUCAACACCUGAUUGAGGAACUAAACUGGGUGCUGGAGAAGGAGACUAUCCUUGGAAAGAGUCUACACACUGAACUCAAACUGCUGCAAGAUACCAUCAGACUUGCAAAGUCCACCCUAGACUUCAAGGAUAAUAGUCAGCCCCUGGCUGUGGAGAUCCUGGGCCGUCUGCCUGACCUGGCAAUUCAGUACCCACAAUGCAUUGGGAACAUCCUGAAGGGAGCCGAGGCCUGCUGCAGUCAAAUGAGAGACACUUUACUCAUUCCUACACGGAGCUGUUUCUACAUGCCAGGAGGACCACUCAGGACAACCCUCAUUGGUCAUACGGGUAACAUUUUGAAGCUAGCUGUGAAUGAGGCAUGCACCAUGCUGGCAUCAGUGUCCACCAAUGGUUCUGUGAGACUAUGGGAGCUGGGUGAUGAUGAAAACAUACAUGUCCUAAAGGGACAAAAAGGAGGAGCAAUGUCUUGUGUGGCCAUCUCAGCCGAUAAUCAAUGGGUGGUUGCCGGUUCUGAUCAAAACUACCUUCAAGUAUGGAGCAUCUCAAGUGGUGACUCAGUACUCCUUAUUGAUGAGAAUCAUUCUGGGUAUGAGCGCUAUGCCAAUGUGGUUAUUACUCAAGACUCAACGAGGAUUGUAUCCGCUGCGCAGAAUGAGUUAAAGGUCUACAGUAUCAUCACUGGUAACAAGGUACACACAUUUCAAGGUCACACGGAAUACAUCUCAUGCAUAUGCAUAAGCAAGGAGGAUAAGUAUGCUGUGAGUGGUGCAGAUGACCACACCGUGAAGGUGUGGUCACUUGUGGAUAAUCACAUGAUCUGUGACAUCACAAGCCACGACGGGUCCAUCACCCACGUUGACAUCACGUCUGAUAAAGUCAUUGUUUCUACUUCAGUGGAUGGGAAAGUGGUUCUCACUAAACUACAACCAGCUGGGGAUGAGUCUACCUCUCAAACACUGCAUGUAUUGACAUCAGCCAAUGAGCAGGCAAUACAUUCAGCAUGCAUUAGCCCAGAUGAAACUUUGGUUGUAGCUGGUACAGUCAGUAUACUAUAUGUAUGGGAUCUCAAGUCUGGUAACCUGCUUCAUUCCCUUGGAGGUCACGAUGGGGUCAUAGACUGUGUAGCCAUCACCCAUGACAACCACUACCUGGUCUCUGGGGCCCGUGAUGACAUCAUGGCAGUAUGGGAUACGACCUCAGGUCAGAAGGUUCAAACCCUUGAAGGUCAACAAGCCAUUGUGUCACACCUUGCAUUAGCCAAUCAACUUGUAGUAUCAGCGUCAUUGCAUUCACCGUACAUUAAACUCUGGGAUAUCUCACCUAAGUACUUGGAGCAGAGGAGAAUGACGUUUGGGGAUCGGAGCGGGACGCUAGCGGUCACCACUGACCAAAGAUAUGUGAUAUUCAAAGGCAUUGAUCCCUUUGCCAAGUCCUCACUUAACAAAAUCCAUGUGUGGGACGCCACAACGGGACUUGACAAGUUCAUCCUUCAGGACCACAGUAAUGAAGUCACCUGCAUAGAGGUCAGCCAUAGCAACCAGUUUGCUUUCACCGGCAGUCAGGAUUCAACCGUCAUCAUGUGGAAGAUCCAGACAGGAAAAGUCCACCAUAAAUUCACUGGCCACGACUCCGGUGUGUGUCGUAUCUGGAUCCGACCAGAUGAUCACUACAUGGUCUGCUUGACGUUUUACAAUAUGAUCCAUGUGUGGGAUAUUAAGCAGUGUAAGAAAGUAUUUGUGUAUAACACCAAUACAGCCGGGGACGUGACCUGCGCAGUCCUGACACCACAGAAUAUUCUUCUCUUUGGGACGUCUUGCGGGGAGCUACAUUUAAAACUUUGGUCGCCUGAUUCUGGUGAUGUAUCUGACCUGGGGUCAUUGUUGGAACAGAGUUCAGGGGUUACCAACGUGGCAUUGAGUGAUGAUGGUACUUUAUUGGCAUCAGCGUACGAUGAUCCAUAUGUGAUUGUAUGGCAUUUGAAAACAAUGGAACCACUAUAUCAGAUUGAAAAGCCUGGUGUGGUAAACUGCAUGUGUUUCACCGAGAAUAAUCGAUUCCUUGUAACUGGAGCCAAUGAUAGGGAAGUGAAUUUGUGGAGAGUAGAUAACGGCCGGCUUGUCACCAACCUCUACACCUACUCAAAUCUGACCAAGAUCAGAACCAAAAAGGACACGGUCAUCGCAUGCACCAAGAUCGGACAGCUGAUGGCAUUCAACAUCCAUUGCCUGACCAUGGAGGAGGACAGCGGGCUGGGUAAUGGAGAUACAGGGAAUGGAAAGCUUCAUGGAUGGGUUUCUGUCGUUACGAAUGGGAGUAGUACAUCGAGUGACAGUGGGGAACGCAAGAUAUCAAGGUUAUGUAGUAUUGUGUGAGAGAGGGAUGUGCACAAUAUUGUGAUGGAACCAACAAUGUCUAUUGGUUUGAGAAAUGACUAUUGAUUUUUAGAAAUGAUUAUAGGUUUGAGAAAUGAUUAUAAGUUUUAGAAAUAAGUAAAAUAAUUAGUUUUGAUCUCCCAAGGCUCUAACUCGUUGGUUUAAACAUUGAAAACAAAUAGGGCUUGUUGGUAUGUUCUAAAGACUCCGAUAAUCAAUUGAGCAAUUGCAUAACCAGUCAUUUUCAUUUUUGAUGUAUGGAUCUUUUCAU